AUGUCUUCCAACAAGCUUGGCGCCACUACCCAUUCACCACCUUUCUUCCACAACUGCAGAGAGACACCUGAGGAUAUCAAAGAGCUUUUUGAGAAAGCUAAAGUUCAGCCAACCUUCAAGACCCUCUACAAGAUUGAAGACCCAGGUCAAUUCUCUAUUCCCUGUCAAGUAAAUGGUCAUUACUUUGAUAGAACACUAUGCGAUUCUGGCUCUUGCAUAAACCUCAUGCCAACCCAAACCGCCAAACUCCUUGGCAUCACACGCUUGCAACCUGCUCAAAUUAGUAUUGGACUUGCUAACCAUACUAUAGCCAAGCCAAGAGGAGUUGUUGUUGAUGUUCUUCUAGAGAUUGGAGAUAUCAAGAUCCCGGUGGACUUUCAUGUCAUAAACAUCAAGGAGGAUGUGACACACCAUUGA